AAAAAAAAAAAAAAAUUCUUUUUGGCUCCCCUUCUCUGAUAGAUUCUUCUGAACGUUCUAUGUUCUUAUAGAUUACUCUUUGGAUUAAAGAAACAAAUGGAGUGGUAGGGAACAUCUUUUAUGACUGCAAAUGUUCCUGCUGACAGCCCUUUCAACCCUUAUUUGAUCUGGGUAUCCUCUUCUUCUUCCCGUUGUGAGAUUCUCCAUCUGUUUAAGGAAAAAGUUUGUCGGAUCAUGACCCCAUAGCUUCUUGCAUUAUGGGUUGGCUGAACAAAAUUUUCAAAGGUUCCAGCCAUAAAAUCUCAUCAGGACAGUAUCUUGGCAGAUAUGAGGAUGACAAUGUUUGGCAGGAACCUUCUAGUGCAGUGGAUGCAUGGUCAGAUAAUGAGAAUGAAGACAUAGAUCGUGCCAUUGCACUUUCCCUUUUGGAAGAAGAGCAGAAAGGGAAAAAUGUGAUUGAUAGCGGAUCUCAUGUAGAGGAAGAUGAACAGCUGGCUAGAGCACUACAAGAAAGUAUGAACAUGGAAUCUCCUCCACGUUAUGAUAAUGGAAAUAUGUUUCAGCCGAUGACCUUCCCCUUUUCAACAGGGUUCAGGAUUUGUGCUGGUUGCAACACUGAGAUUGGCCAUGGACGGUUUUUGAGUUGCAUGGGUGCAGUUUGGCAUCCUGAAUGUUUCCGCUGUCAUGCUUGCAAUCAGCCCAUUUCAGAUUAUGAGUUCUCAAUGUCUGGGAAUUACCCUUAUCACAAAUCUUGCUACAAGGAGCACUACCAUCCAAAAUGUGAUGUUUGCAAGCACUUUAUUCCUACAAAUCAUAUGGGUCUUAUUGAAUACAGAGCACAUCCAUUCUGGUAUCAAAAGUAUUGCCCCUCACAUGAGCAUGAUGGGACUCCACGUUGCUGUAGUUGUGAGAGGAUGGAGCCAAGGGAUACGAGAUAUGUCACCCUAGAUGAUGGUAGGAAGCUUUGUCUGGAGUGUCUGGAUUCAUCAAUCAUGGAUACAAGUGAAUGCCAACCCCUUUACCUUGACAUACAAGAAUUUUACGAAGGAUUAAAUAUGAAAAUAGCGCAGCAAGUUCCAUUACUCUUGGUCGAGAGACAGGCACUAAACGAGGCCAUGGAGGGAGAAAAAAACGGUCAUCAUCACUUGCCCGAAACAAGGGGGCUCUGCCUGUCAGAGGAACAGACUGUUAGCACUAUUUUGAGAAGGCCAAGAAUUGCUGGAAACCGCAUCUCUGACAUGAAAACAGAGCCGUAUAGACUAACUCGCCGAUGUGAAGUGACAGCUAUUCUCAUUUUGUAUGGCUUACCAAGAUUGCUUACUGGGUCAAUCCUGGCGCAUGAGAUGAUGCAUGCAUGGCUGCGGCUCAAUGGUUAUCGUACUCUUAAUCAAGAUGUUGAAGAGGGUAUCUGCCAGGUGCUAGCUCACAUGUGGCUAGAUUCAGAGAUCAUGUCAGGUUCUGGUAGUAAUGUUGCUUCAACAUCAUCUUCAUCAUCAUCAUCCUCAUCUUCUUCUACAUCAUCAAAGAAAGGCACACGGUCUCAGUUUGAGAGGAAGCUUGGGGACUUUUUUAAACACCAAAUUGAAUCUGAUACAUCACCAGCAUAUGGGGAUGGGUUCAGAGCUGGUAAUGAGGCAGUGCUCAAGUAUGGACUGCGGAGCACCCUUGACCAUAUCCGGAUGACAGGUAUGUUUCCAUACUAAGUGUUGAUCCAUGACUUGGCCAUUCUUUUUUCUUCCCUUGAUGGGGAAGAAGCUUGGCCCUAUCAUAUUAGAGCUUAGGGCUGAUGCAUAUUUGAGUCGAGCAUAUUUCCUUAGAAGAGAAAUUUAUUAUGUUUGGUCCGGUUUCUUUCCUUCAUAUUUGUAAUCGCCUCUUGAUGGGUACCACAUUAUAUCAUUCGACAUUAAUGCCACAUAUGUCUAAUAAAGUCAAUUUUAUACUA